UAUCUUCUUCUGUCUUUCUUUCUUGUGACAAAACGCUGCGUGUGCUGCGUUUGUACUUUUCCCUCCUUCUGCAUUCGACCGUUGGAGAGCAGGGGCUUCAUACUCAUCAUCUUCUUCUUCCUUCUCUUCAGUUCUGCUCAUGGAGUUUGACACCACGAUCGGCGCCGCAGCCCUCUGCUUCCUUCGUCUGGCCAGCCAGACGACCGUCGCCGCUCUGCUUCGCCCGCUGCUUCUUCUCUGGUUAGAGACGUGGUUUCGACCUGUGUCCAGCUCGUCGACGACGGGUUUUCAACCCGCCUCGUUGCCGAAUCGAGCGGGUGGGGAUGACGUCCAUAGCCGGGGGAGCAGUGGUGGAGCACGUCCGGACACGCCCUAGUCGGGUUUCUGCCUGGCUACGAUCUGAAUCAGGUUGCCGCCGACGAGAAAGACUGGGCAUGUGUACAUCGUUCUCCUUCCCCGUUAAGCUCAGUAGCACCAACGGCGGCGGGGAACAUCGUCGGCAAUGUAAAGGGUUUGGGGUUGGCGGUGAUUUGUUGAUUUGGGGAUUUAGGUUAGAAUUGGGCUACGGGCAAAGGUGUCAGUUUUUCAAAUUUAGGGCGAAUUUUUUAAAUAUUUAGGGCUGUAAAUAUUAACUCCCUUUUUUUAUCAGUUUCCGUGUUUGUCCAAAUUUCUUUAGUUUUUAAUUUUAAUAAUUAAUUCCUUGCCUGGGCUGCUAACCGGUUUAGCUAGCAUGGUUAGCUGGCCGAACCCGGUAGUAACAUUAACAUAGGCAAAAAGUUGGAAUGAAAUUUUUAUUCACUAAAUGAGGGUUAAUGGCAUGGUCACUGAGUUUACAAAAACGCUCAUGUUUGGUCAAUCGAAAUAUUUAAAUCUAUCGGUGGUCACUAGAUUAAGUAAAACAUGUCAUGUUUGGUCACUCAUUGUUACCUUCCGUAAGUCUAUGUUAACGCCGUUAGUUUUUUUAUGACGUGUCUAACAGAAACGCCUAGUCACCCAAUUUUAAUCUAAAAAAAUUUAAAAUUCAACCUGCCACAUCAUUAAAAAUUGCCACAUCAUAUAACCACAUCCUAAACAUUAACCAACCUCUGGCUCAACACCCUAUCUCUUCCCAUCUACUUUUCUCUCUCUCUCCCUGUCUAUUUGCAGUUCGUCUUCCUCCUCACGAAACUCAACUCCAGCUUCCUCUUCCUCGAACAGUAGCUCACGAUCCGACCAUCAACGACGGAUACAACUUCAUUUUUUGGAACCCCACCGUCUUUAUCAGUAAUAUCCUCCCCAAGAACUUCAACAGCAACCCCUACUAGUCAAAUCGAACUCUUAAAACCCCAACCUUUCUGAACACCAAGAAAGCGAAAUCUGAAAUUGAAAGCACAAUCAUCGAACCAGCGAACUACACAAACCGCAACGAGCUAGUUCUAAUACGAUUUUGUUCCUCGCUGACCAAGUAGCGUCAGCGGCGGCCCACACUCCCUUCCCCUCCUUGACCGCACCAACUAAAACCCAUAUCCGAAAGGAGGAAGAUUUCUCACGGUGGAUUUGCUGAAGAACCCAGCGUCGGGGGUGAGACGAAGCUGAAGAGCUUAGGGACAGACCUGGCAAAUUACAACCCGACUCGUUGACCCGACCCGAAACCGCCCGAAAACUAUAAUUUUUUGUAACUCGAAAUCCGAAUGACCCGAACCCGAUAACCCGUGAUUUUUUGGGUCAGGUUGGGUGGGUUAGCAGGUCGACCCGUUAGACCCGUUCCAUUUUAUAUAUCACUCUCAAAAUGAUAAAAUCACUCAUAAAUUGGUGAGAUGUUUAAAAAAAAUCAAAAGGAUUUGAAUGACAUGUUUGGAGUUUAAGGAUAAUAAAAUAUCAUGUGUUUU